AUGGACCUUUUGCCUGAUGAGAUACUCAGCUUUAUUGUCGCCCAUGCCACAGCGCAUGAACUUGUCCAACUGUCUCGAACCUGCAAACGACUCAAUAGGCUUGCAGAACCCCAACUAUGGACCAAUAUCGACUUUCACCAUCAGAGCUUUCACGAGCUAUCAGACUCCAGGCAUCCCUUACCCAAGACAUCUACACCACAACGAUUCUACUGUGGAGAGCCCAAAUUUGAAUACUCGGGGGCAUACAAGGCUGAAGACUUCUUUAAAAUGUUACAGGAUUUACUGGCCGAGAAUGUCGAACGCCUAAUGCAGCUUUGUGCGCGUAUAAAGUCUAUCUGCACAGCUGUUGAACUAGACAUGGACUUUUGGCGAUUCCUACCAUAUUUCAUCAACAUCAAGACUCUUGAAUUAUAUGGCGACUUAUCGUACCGAUGCCAGGAGGCGCAUAAACCCUUCGAUCCAUCUGCCGCUCCACUCACAAAGCUGCAUUAUGUCAAGCUUGAUGGUACUAUACCAAGGCCUAUUGUAGCAUGGAUCCUGUCCUCUUGCUCGAACGUCGAGUGGCUGGAGCUUGCAUUGCUUGACAGACCAAUAAGUUCAAGGGAAACAAUUGAGGAUGAUUUUCCUCGGUUGCCUGGGGAUCUAUACAGCCCACCCGAAUACCCCACGUACGGCAGACUUACUGGAUGGGCCGCUAUCACCCAGCCCUUGUCUAGCUUUCUGCCUUGUCUAAAAGAUGGAACGUCACUGAUGCUCCCUCGACUACGACAUUUGCAACUCUGUCAGCCAUCGCAGAGUAACCUUUCCAUGAGAAUGGUCGAUUAUUUCUGGUCAACAACUGCAGAGGUAGCCGCCCAUAAAGAUUGGGAGAAGAUUCUUGAAGCGUCAUGCGCAACGCUCGAAACACUGGUCGUAGAGCAACGAAUUGGGAUAGAGCAUGGUGAUGAAGCUGUCAAUGAUGCAGAUGGAUUCUUCCGAAGAGACCAGGACGGUUUGGGUAGCGAAAGGCUAAUUGACAUGCUUGAAAGGGUUGUGAUAAGGAAAGGAUUUUCCGUAUUGCAGCGUGUUUACCUGAAGAGAAUUGUUGUUGGAUCAGAGAAGCGCGGUAAGCCGAUUGGAGAUGUCCCUGGGGGUCGUUUCAUGAGACUUCUUGAAAAAAUGGGUGUUGAAUGUAAGGCUAGGCUUGGGGAUGGGCUUUAG